AUGCGGACGAGUCGCACCCGGGAGAGGGAGCGCGACCGGGAGAGGGAGAGGGACCACCGAGAUAGGGAUCACCGACCGCCCCUUGACCAUUCUCUGUCGCACUCGCAUGCACCGCGCGGCAUGCGCUGGGAGAAGAAGAAGCACCGGAGCGAGUCAGAGUCAAUGACGAUCAUGUCCAUGGCUCCUGCUUCCGCCAUGACCACCACUACGAACACCACGACGGCCAUGGACAACACGAACAAUAACAACACUGAGAUAUCGUACGCGGAGAUCUUGAAGCCGAUAAUGGUCGUGGUUGACUCGAAAGAGGGGGAGCUGUGUAAUCGGAGCAGUCGGAAUAUCAGCCGAAUGGAGAUCAAAUCAGCCCCUUUGAAGGUCGAAAUUAGGGACCACAGCAACAUGGGUGGCGGGCCUUCCAUUCCUGCUGCUGCGGCCACGGUGCCGUCAUCGUCGUCCGAGAGUUACGGCCGGAAGGCGAGCGGGGACUCGCCGAAACCGCUGCCGCCGGCGCCCGCGUCGACCGCGCCUCCGCCACCGCCGUCAAGCUCCGUCAACAUGAGGGGCGUCUGGGGGGCUCCCCCUCCUCCGGCGAGGGCUUCGCCCCAGCAGCCCCUAUCGCAUCCGCCACCGCCCCCGCCGCCCCCUCCUCCGCCGGCCUGCAGCAAGCUCGGUAAAGACAGCCUCGGCGGCGGCGGUGGUGGUGGUGGUGGGUUGGCCGUCUCUACGACGGCCAUCGCUGCCGCCGCCACCACCACCACCACCACGGCCACCACCACGGCCAAGCGGACGAGCCUGGGCAGUACCGGCGACGUCGAGGAGGACAACGUCGGCGGCGGGGAAGAAGGCGGUGGUGCCGUCGAAAACACGUUGAUGUCGGAGUCAAAGAGCUUUCUGGCGGAGAUCACGAAUAAUCCGGAUACCAGCGAAGACCUGGAAAAUGAUUCUGAGGUGGCGAGUCACUUCGAAACUGGAGAAUCGCUAGCCCACAAUGGUCAGGAACCUGUGACGCCGGCCCCGAAGAUAGCCAAGCCUCCAUCCCUGGAGUUUGACCGGAAACGAACGAGCCGAGUGAGUGGAGAGUUCCCUGUCAGUCCCUCUGGAUACCCACAGCCACCGACCCCCGAUUUCCCACCCCCUUCACCAAGUACAGCCGUUAUAGGCAUCCAACAGAAGAUAAAUCCUUUGGACAAAAGAAAAUCAAGGAACAUGGAGACGAUUACUGAAGCAGCACUUUUGGAAAAGACUCUUUUGGCAGAGAAACUGAACCGAGAGAAAGCAGCAGCAGCCACAGCAGCAGCAGCAGCGCUAGCAGCGACGGCAGCGGCUGCUGCAGCAGAGAAGAAGAUGUCGCCAGCGGAGUCCGAU